UAAACAUACAAAUCAUUUGAAUCAACACUACAAUUGAGGAGAAAACAACCAAUUUCCCCUCAAAUUCCUACAACCACCAAUCCCAACCUUACUACAAAACCAACACUCCCAAAAUGUGCAUGAAGAAGUCGAAGCAAAGCCACAGCUUUGAUCCAAAAUAAUUUAUUUACUUUUUUAUUUUUUCCCUUUAUCUUUUUAACAAAAAGAUCAUUCUCGUGUAACAAAAAAAAAAUUCACAAAAAAAAAGGUUACAAACAGAAUGGCGCAAAUGAGCGAACAAGAUUAUGCUCGAGAAAAAGAAGAAUCGAAGAGCGAGAGCCGGCGGAGCAGCAGCGGCGGGGCGUUCAAGUUUAACGUGGCGGCGCCGGAGUUCGUGCCGACGAUGGUGGCGGCCCCUGCGGCGGCCCAGGUGCCCAUAACUGGGUACUUCUACCCGUGCUUCCAGUCGAUGGACGGCACGACGGGCAGCUGGAUUUACGUGUCCGAUCAAGAAAUCACGAUCCCAUUGGUUCAGCCAAAACCUAGCGCCAAAGUGGCCUCUCCCCACAUUGCUCAGCCUAAGGAAGCCGCCCUCUCCGAGGAGCUCAAGCAAAAGAUCAUCAAACAGGCGGAAUACAUGUUCAGCGACAUGAGCAUGCUGGCCAAUGAAACCCUCGUCAAACAUGUCAAUAAGGAUCCUGAAGGCUAUGUGCCUAUAAAUUUCGUCUCCACUCUGAAGAAACUGAAAUCCCUGAACGUCAACAACCAGAUGGUGGCGCAGGCUCUCCGUUGCUCAUCAAAACUGAUCGUGAGCAGUGAUGGGAAGAAGGUGAAACGCAAGCAUCCCUUCACCGAGAAAGAAAAAGAGGAGCUCCAGCUGCGAACUGUGAUAGCUGAAAAUCUCCCUGACGAUCACUCCCAUCAGAAGAUAGAGAAAAUGUUCAAUGUGGUCGGAAAUAUCAAGUCGAUCCGCAUAUGCCAACCACAGGACCACAAUUCGUCGCGCUCUUCAAAGGGCGAUAUAGUUAUCAGCAACAAGCUUCACGCGCUGGUCGAGUAUGAGAAUCCAGAGACAGCCGAGAGAGCAGCGGAGAAGCUGAACGACGAAAGGAACUGGAGAAAGGGGAUGCGUGUGAGGGUGAUGCUGAGGCGGUCGCCCAAGUCUGUGCUCAAGUGCCGCAAGUCAGAAUUCGAGGCGUGUUUGGAGGAUGAGGGAGGCAGCCACCACGAGGAUCCGUCCCGCCUGAGCAACUCGGAAACAGAGGCUGAUGAGAAUGGAGCGACGCUGAAGAGGAGCUGGUCUAAAAACAGAGGGAAGGCGAAGCAGCGGCCGCAGCUGCAGGCCACGCGCAGCCUGCCUGCCACUUCAUCGCACUUCGGCACCAACUUCCCCGUCAAGGGCCCCAGGAUGCCCGACGGCACUCGAGGCUUCACCAUGGGCAGAGGAAAGCCGCUUGCCAUCCAAGUUUGAUUCAUUCUUUUUCGGACAAGGAAUGUAGUUCGUUUUGGUUUUCAAUUUCCAUUAGCUCCUAGACCACUCAUCCUCGAUCUCUUUUGAUGGAUGCUUUCCUAGUUUCUUUUGUUUUUUUCAUUUUUCAGUCCCUUCUACUUUUGCAUUGCUCCGCUCGAUCAUAUGGUCAUGGAGUUAGGAUUCGGGUACAUGGGAGAGAACUUUAUGUUUUCAUAACUUAUAACCAUAUUGUAUUUUUUUUUUUUUAUACAUUUUUCUUUUUCGGUUCU